AUGUCCGCCGACGACACUUCUUACGCUCCCAAGUCCCCCGACUUCUCUGCUUUCUUCACUUCUGGUUCCACCGACCAAGCGCCACCUCUCGACCUUGGACCCUCAAGUCACGACCAGCAUUUCCAGCCUCCCUCCUUUGGCUACACCUCGUCAUACAUCCCUCCCACCUCGACCAGCUUUAGCCCAGCUUACGGCUUUGACAGCAACUCGUACCAACCACCCGGCCUGCCGCACCAUAAGUCGUUUUCGCAACUAUCUGCUGGUCAGCCAUCCUACGGUCACGAGUAUCCCUUACAAGGCCCAAGUCAGCUUCCCGUGUCGACAGCUACUGCCGACCCGUACCCUCCGACUCUCCGGCAUUCACCCGAUCCCGAACCAGCCGCAAAGAUGCCUCGCAAAGCUGCCAAGGAGCCUUUACCGCCCGCACCUCCCAUUAUUGAUUCGUCCAUGGUCAGGACAAAGUUUCCGACAGCCCGAAUUAAACGGAUUAUGCAGGCCGACGAAGAAGUUGGGAAGGUCGCCCAACAGACGCCUAUCGCGGUUGGCAAGGCGCUAGAGCUCUUCAUGAUCCAACUCGUGUCCAAGAGCGCCGAAGUGGCCAAGGACAAGGGGUCAAAGCGCGUCACCGCGGCCAUGCUCAAGCAAGUGGUCGAGUCAGACGAGCAGUGGGAUUUCCUGCGCGACAUUGUGAGCCGGGUUGAACACGAAAAGGAAGGCCCCAAGAAGGAGGCCAAAACAAAGGUGGAAAGCGAUACCGAAGACGAGCAGCCUAAAAAGAGACGAGGCGAGCGAGGCGCCGGUCGAAAGAAGAAGACAUGUUAG